AGUCCAUUUUCAAUCUCUGUUAAUGCGCCUAAGUGAGGGCUGAAGCCAUCAGAUCUCCUCUCACGGCUGAUUCUCAGUGAGCUCCCAGCACUGGCGCGAGAGAAAGCGAGGGAAAGUGAGAGAAAAUAUGCAGAAGACGGCGCAAGCAUGGUUCAUGGGAGGUCCCAGCAGCAGCAGCGGUAGGGAGAAAUCCCCGGCAUCUUUGCUGGCGGAUUGGAACGCUUACGCAGCUUCCCAAGAGCCUGAUUCCUCCGCUUUGGGAUUCGAUCUCGAAGCUGCCGUCAGAACCGCCAACGACAAAGUCUCCGGCUCCUUCAACGUGGUCUCAAAGGGUGUUAGGGAUAUACCAGGGAGCUUUCAAUCUGCUGCUACCAAUGUCCCUUCCGGAAAAUCUCUUAUGUACUUCUCCUUGCUUCUUGCUGCUGGGAUUUUCUUUGUCUUUAUUGCCUUUGCUAUGUUCCUUCCGGUCAUGGUGCUGAUGCCUCAGAAGUUUGCUAUCUGCUUUACAAUUGGGUGUGUAUUCAUUAUUGGUUCUUUCUUCGCACUCAAGGGCCCGAAGAAUCAGCUUGCUCACAUGUUCUCGAGAGAGAGGCUUCCAUUUACAUUGGGGUUCAUUAGCAGCAUGGUGGGUACUAUUUAUGUUUCCAUGGUGCUUCACAGUUAUGUUUUUUCUGUGCUCUUCUCUGUGUUACAGGUCCUUGCGCUCUCUUAUUAUGCUAUUUCCUACUUCCCUGGAGGAUCUGCUGGAAUGAAGUUUCUGUCUUCAACUCUGACCUCUUUGAUAUUGAAAUGUUUUGGAAGCAUGAUCAUUUAACCCAAAUACCCCCCCAUGACAGUGUCUGUUCAAGUCUCUGCCUUUGCUAGCCAUUAUCAAUGAGGCUCAUGUCUCAGUCAAUCUUCCAGGCAUAAAGUAAAAGGCUGAAUUCUGGUGCUGCAGCUCGGGCAUUGUAAUACCUGCUGCUCCCUGUGCUGGUGUCACUGUCACCUCCACGGCUGCUGUCCCCAUCUCUGUCACUGUCUGCUUCUGGGGCACCUGGUUUGAAAAUGAACAAGCCAUGACCUGUGCCAGGGUUACUAAACAACCAGUCAUGCACAUCCCAGAAAACCUGCACCUGCAGUUUAUCAACUAACACAGUUUGAUUCCCUCUGAACUUCCACUGCAAGUUCUUAACGUGGAUCAACACAAUCCCAUCUAUGCUAAUCCACAUUUCAGGAUCUCUAGGCCCUGAUGUCGAGCUCUCCACGACAAUGUCGUGUUCCUUUUUCUUCUCUUCAAACUUGGCUCUGGUGGAGAAACAUUUCUUUGCAAAUACGUUCUCCUUUUUGUAAAACUGUAUAGCAUCAACAAGUGCUGGUCUCGAUUUCGUCCUCUUAUAAGCC